UUGAUGUCGCAAGCAAAUACGAUAAGCAAACGCAAUGGUUCAGGAGGAAAUCGAACGAAGAGGUUCGAUAGGCGAUUCAAUGAAAGGUUUUCUCGCACAAAACAUGGCGACAUUGAAAUGGAAGGAUUCGUUGUGGAAUGUAAUAUAUGUUGUCGAGAAUCGGAUGCUUUUGGAAUUGGCGAUUGUAAUCAUCCAUUUUGUAUGGAAUGUGUUAUUAGACUUAGAAUUAUUGCUAAAAUUAAUAGUUGUCCGACGUGUAGAGCUGAUAUUGAUAAGGUAAAAUUUCUUUAUUAUAAGUUUUUCUCUUUCUUAUUUAAAUUUUUGCUUGUUUUGUUUUUUAUGGUUGAACAUCCAGACUGUGAACGAUACAAACUGCAGUUCACUAGCGAUUAUUUGGUUCGAUGCUAUAAUAGUUAUUUGGUCCAUAUUUGUCUCAUUUGUGAAAAGAAAGAUGAAAGACGAGAAUUUAAAAAUUUUGCUUCCUUGAAUCAACAUGUAUAUAUGGUGCAUAAAUUCGAAUUUUGUAAUUUAUGCACGGAACAUCUUGAUUUACUUUCUCGUGAAAGACGAAUUUAUUCGCGUCUCGAUAUGGACCGUCAUAUUAGGUCAGGGGAUCCUGAUAAUUCUAGUCUGCGAGGUCAUCCAAAAUGUUUAUUUUGUGAUAAACGAUUUUUUGAUGAAGAAUAUCGUUAUAAGCAUCUGCGAAAAGAACACUUCUUUUGUCAAAUUUGUGAUAAUACUGGCUGCAACAAUUUUUUUUUUGAGUCUCAUAGAAAUUUAAUCGAUCAUUAUAAAAAGGAUCAUAUAGUCUGCGAAGAAGGCGAGUGCAAAAAAUUAGGUAUAGCUUUCGAAACAGAAUUGGAACUGAAAAUACAUAAGCCUUCAAUCGAAACUUUGGAAUAUCAGGUAAAUUCGGUUGCUCCCCCAACGGCAUUUAACAUGCAAAUGCGAGAUUUUCCUCGGUUGAAAGUGUCUUCUAAUAAAACUGAGCCAAACCAAAUUGAAAAAAGUUCCAAAAAUACAACUGCAGUGAGUUUUAUGGCUCAUGAUAUUUGA